GCAGCCCGGGGUUGUCAGCCGCCUGUGUUUGGACUCAUGAAUUGCCACUGAGUGAAUGCUGGGCUGACUAUUCGGCUGACAUUGGCGAAACACACGAUUCUUCAAAUCCUAUGGAUCACUGAGAGACGGACCAAUGUCUCCACCCAGGCUCACCGGCGCGCUGCGCUCAUUCUCAAAUGUCAGCAAGCAUGACGAUUACACAGUAGAUGUCUACGAUUUAAAGGCUAAAAGGUUGAAGAGACAGGAGCUGUUUUCCAAGGAGGGCCUGACAUGGCAGAAAAUCACGCAGUUUUUCAACCAGCACUUGGAGAAGGGAGAGCAACAGGCUGCUGCAGAAGAGCUGAAGAAGAUCCUGCAGGCAGCCAAGCAAAUAGUCGGCACGGAGUUCGGACAGGCAGCAAUCGAGAGCGCCGCCGUUUUCCUCUUCAGGACCUUCUACAACACAGACCAGGUGGGCCAUGAGGAGACCCGCGCCAUCAAGCACAUGUUCGGGCCCUUCCCGUCCUCGGCGGCCGACACGUCCUGCGCCGCCGUGGGCCGGCUCGUGGCCCCCGUCGACGGCGACCAGGUGGAGGCCUUCGUCAGGGCCGAGAGCUCCCGCCGGCUCCCAGACCGCGGCACCGCCUUCGGCCGCAACAUCGCCUUCUCCUUCGACGCCUACGCGCUGGACUACCUGGAGAGCCUGCCCUGGGGCGAGGAGGGCGUCCACUCGGGCUUCAGCCUGGACUACGACAAGUUCCUCAACAACCAGCAGGGACAGAAGGGGCAGAGGGGGGCUGCGGACGACAGCGCCCCCUGCAGGCCGGCCCAGAACACAGGCGACGGGGCACUGCUCAGAAACGAGGUGGAGCAGUACCUGUCCAACGGGAACAUGGACUCAUCCAGCGCGGAGGACCUCUGCACCUCCCUGUUCGAGAUGCUGGCGUCCCACAAGAGCGACGACGAGCUGCAGAACGAGCUGUUCGAGCUGCUGGGUCCCGAGGGCUUCGAGAUGAUCGAGAGGCUGCUGCAGCGGAGGGCCCGCAUCGUCGACUCGCUCCUCGCCUCCGUGCCGGACCCCAGGCUCAGCUAUCCGCCGGAGGGGACCCGCAAGGGGAGCGGGGAUGCCAACAAGCCGGCUUACGGCUGCCAGGUGACCAUCCAGUCGGAGCAGGAGAAGCAGCUGAUGAAGCAGUACCGGCGGGAGGAGAAGCGUGAGAGGAAGAGGGAGAGGCGCGGCGAAGACAGCGAGCCCUCCUCCUCCGACGCCUCCUUCCUCUUCGACCCUAAGGAGCUGCGCCUGCAAAGAGAGCAGGCUCUCCUGACGGCUCGGCGGUCACCGGUGCUGGGGCGGCAGCGGGAAUACGAGCGGAUCCGAUACCCACACGUGUACGACGCCUACGCCGAGGCCACCAAGACCUCUGCCUUCGUGGGCGGAGCCAAGAUGCUGCUCCCAGAGGGAAUCAAGCGAGAAAACAACAAGAUGUUUGAGGAGGUGGUGAUCCCGCCCAACGAACCCAUGCCCAUCGGCUUUGAGGAGAAACCUGUCUACAUCGCCGAGCUGGACGAGAUCGGACAGCUGGUGUUUACAGGAAUGAAGCGUCUGAACAGGAUCCAGUCCAUCGUGUUUGAGACGGCCUACAACACCAACGAGAACAUGCUGAUCUGCGCCCCCACGGGGGCCGGCAAGACCAACAUCGCCAUGCUGACCGUCCUGCACGAGAUCCGCCAGCACCUGCAGCCGGGGGGCGUCAUCCGCAAGGACGAGUUCAAGAUUGUGUACGUUGCCCCCAUGAAGGCCCUGGCUGCUGAAAUGACAAAUUACUUCAGCAAGCGGCUGGAACCGCUGGGCAUCGUCGUCAGGGAGCUGACGGGGGACAUGCAGCUGACCAAGGGCGAGAUCCUCCGGACACAGAUGCUGGUCACCACCCCGGAGAAGUGGGAUGUGGUGACCCGGAAGAGCGUGGGGGAUGUGGCGCUGUCCCAGAUAGUGCGUCUGCUGAUCCUGGACGAGGUGCACCUCCUUCACGAGGACCGAGGGCCCGUCCUGGAGAGCCUGGUGGCCAGGACGCUACGUCAGGUGGAGUCCACACAGAGCAUGAUCCGAAUCCUGGGCCUCUCCGCCACGCUGCCCAACUACCUGGAUGUGGCAUCCUUCCUGCACGUCAACCCCUACAUCGGCCUCUUCUACUUCGACAGCCGCUUCCGCCCCGUGCCCCUGGGCCAGAGCUUCGUGGGCGUCAAGACCACCAACAAGGUCCAGCAGCUGCACGACAUGGAGGAGGUCUGCUACGAGAAGGUGCUGGAGCAGAUCCGAGCCGGACACCAGGUGAUGGUGUUUGUGCAUGCCCGCAAUUCCACGGUGAGGACCGCCAUGAGCCUGAUCGAGAUGGCCAAGAACCGUGGAGAGUCAAUGCUCUUCCUGCCGGACCAGGGCCCCGACUAUGGCCAGUGUGAGAAGCAGGUCCAGCGCUCCCGGAACAAGCAGCUGCAGGAGAUGUUCCCCAGCGGCUUCGGGAUCCACCACGCCGGGAUGCUGCGCUCGGACCGCAACCUGAUGGAGAACCUCUUCUCCCGGGGUUACCUGAAGGUCCUGGUGUGCACCGCCACGCUGGCCUGGGGGGUCAACCUGCCCGCCCACGCCGUCAUCAUCAAGGGCACGCAGAUCUACGACGCCAAGCGGGGCACCCUGGUGGACCUGGGUAUCCUGGACGUGAUGCAGAUUUUCGGGCGUGCCGGGCGCCCGCAGUUCGACAAGUACGGCGAGGGCACCAUCAUCACCACCCACGACAAGCUGAGCCACUACCUGACCCUGCUGACGCAGCAGAACCCCAUCGAGAGCCAGUUCCUGGAGAGCCUGGCCGACAACCUCAACGCCGAGGUGGCGUUAGGAACGGUCACCAAUGUGGAAGAGGCCGUGAAGUGGCUGAGCUACACCUACCUGUACGUGCGCAUGAGGGCCAACCCUUUGGCCUACGGCAUCAACCACAAGGCCUACCAGAUGGACCCGGGUCUGGAGCUGUACCGGAAGGAGCUGGUGGUGGAGUCGGGCCGCAAGCUGGACAAGGCCCGCAUGAUCCGCUUCGAGGAGCGGACCGGAUACUUCUCCUCCACAGACCUGGGCAGAACCGCCAGCCACUUCUACAUCAGAUACAACACUAUAGAGACAUUCAACGAGCUGUUCGACGCCCAGAAGACGGAGGCAGACAUCCUGAGCAUUGUGUCCAAGGCGGAGGAGUUCGAGCAGGUCAAGGUGCGUGAGGAGGAGAUGGAGGAGCUGGAGCAGCUGCUGCACAGCUACUGCGAGCUGCCCGUGGCGGGAGGCGUGGAGAACGGCUACGGCAAGAUCAACAUCCUGCUGCAGUCCUACAUCGGCCGCGGGGAGGUGGACAGCUUCUCGCUGAUCUCCGACCUGUCCUACGUGGCUCAGAACGCCGCCCGGAUCGUGCGGGCGCUCUUCGAGAUCGCCCUGCGGAAGCGGUGGCCCGCCAUGACGUACCGGCUGCUGAACCUGUGCAAGGUGAUUGACAAGCGGCUCUGGGGCUGGGCCAACCCCCUGCGGCAGUUCUCCGUCCUGCCCGGCUCGGUGCUGUCCAAGCUGGAGGAGAGGAAGCUGACCAUCGACAAGCUGAAGGACAUGAGGAAGGACGAGAUAGGUCACAUGCUGCACCACGUGAACAUCGGGUUAAAGGUCAAGCAGUGCGUCCACCAGAUUCCUUCCAUCCUGAUGGAGGCCAGCAUCCAGCCAAUCACGCGCACCGUCCUGCGGGUGCGGCUCACUGUCAUGCCGGACUUCAGGUGGAACGACCAGGUCCAUGGGUCAGUAGGAGAGCCCUGGUGGCUCUGGGUUGAAGACCCCAUCAACGACCACAUCUACCACUCCGAGUACUUCCUGCUGCAGAAGAAACAGGUGGUGGCGGGCGAGCCGCAGCAGGUGGUCUUCACCAUCCCCAUCUUCGAGCCCAUGCCCUCUCAGUACUACAUCCGCGCUGUGUCUGACCGCUGGCUCGGCUCCGAGGCCGUCUGCAUCAUCAACUUCCAGCACCUGAUACUGCCGGAGAGGCACCCGCCGCACACAGAGCUGCUGGACCUGCAGCCGCUGCCCGUGACGGCCCUUGGGAACCGGGAGUACGAGAGCCUGUACAAGUUCACCCACUUCAACCCCAUCCAGACGCAGAUCUUCCACACGCUCUACCACACCGACACCAACGUCCUGCUGGGGGCGCCCACGGGCUCCGGCAAGACCGUCGCCGCGGAGAUGGCCAUCUUCCGCGUCUUCAACACAUACCCCGGCGCCAAGGUGGUGUAUAUCGCCCCUCUGAAAGCACUGGUCCGAGAGCGAAUCGAGGACUGGAAGAUCAGGAUCGAAGAGAAGCUCGGGAAGAAGGUGGUGGAGCUGACGGGCGACGUCACCCCAGACAUGCGGGCGAUCGGCCAGGCCGACCUCAUCGUGACCACACCGGAGAAGUGGGACGGGGUCAGCCGCAGCUGGCAGAACCGCAGCUACGUCCAGAAAGUGGCCAUCCUCAUCAUCGACGAGAUUCACCUGCUGGGGGAAGACAGAGGUCCGGUUCUAGAAGUGAUCGUGUCCAGGACCAACUUCAUCUCCUCUCACACCAAUAAGAGUGUGCGUGUGGUGGGCCUGUCCACCGCUCUGGCCAAUGCCCGCGACCUGGCUGACUGGCUGGGCAUCGGACAGGUGGGCCUGUUUAAUUUCCGGCCGUCGGUGCGACCCGUCCCGCUGGAGGUGCACAUCCAGGGUUUCCCAGGACAGCACUACUGCCCCCGCAUGGCCAGCAUGAAUAAGCCUGUGUUCCAAGCCAUCCGCAGUCACUCUCCUGCCAAGCCCGUGCUGAUCUUCGUGUCGUCGAGGAGGCAGACCCGCCUUACCGCACUGGACCUCAUUGCCUUCCUGGCCACAGAGGACGACCCCAAGCAGUGGCUGCACCAGGACGAGAGAGAGAUGACGGACAUCAUCGCCACCGUGCGGGAGUCGAACCUGAAGCUGACGCUGGCCUUCGGGAUCGGCAUGCACCACGCCGGCCUGCACGAGAGGGACAGGAAGACCGUGGAGGAGCUCUUCGUUAACUGCAAGAUCCAGGUCCUGAUUGCCACCAGCACUCUGGCCUGGGGUGUCAACUUCCCCGCCCACUUGGUGAUAGUGAAGGGCACUGAGUACUAUGAUGGGAAGACCAGGCGCUACGUGGACUACCCCAUCACCGACGUCCUCCAGAUGAUGGGCCGUGCUGGAAGGCCUCAGUUUGAUGACCAGGGCAAAGCGGUCAUCCUCGUGCAUGACAUCAAGAAGGACUUCUACAAGAAGUUCCUGUACGAACCUUUCCCAGUCGAGUCCAGUCUAUUGGGCGUGCUGUCAGACCACUUGAAUGCCGAGAUCGCCGCGGGAACCAUCACCUCAAAGCAGGAUGCCAUGGACUACAUCACCUGGACGUACUUCUUCCGCCGCCUUGUCAUGAACCCCAGCUAUUACAAUCUGGAGGACAUCAGCCACGAUUCCAUCAACAAGUACCUGUCUAACCUGGUAGAGAGAAGCCUGAGGGACCUGGAGUGCUCCUACUGUAUGGAGAUACAAGAAGACAACCGCACCAUCGAUCCCCUGACGUACGGCCGCAUCGCCUCCUACUACUACUUGAAGCACCAGACCAUCCGCAUGUUCCGGGAGAGGCUGAAGGCGGAGUGCUCCCUGCAGGACCUGCUGCUCGUCCUCACGGACGCGGAGGAGUACGCCGAGCUGCCGGUCAGGCACAACGAGGACCAGCUGAACAGCGAGCUGGCUCGCCGGCUCCCCCUGGAGGUGAACCCCCACUCCUACGACAGCGCCCACACCAAGACGCACCUGCUGCUGCAGGCGCACUUCAGCCGGGCUGCCCUGCCCUGCAGCGACUACGGCACCGACACCAAGACCGUGCUGGACAACGCCAUCCGCAUCUGCCAGGCCAUGCUGGACUUGGCAGCGAAUGAGGGCUGGCUGGUCACCGCUCUCAGUGUGUGUAACCUGGUGCAGAUGAUCGUGCAGGGGAGGUGGCUGCACGACUCCUCCCUGCUGACCCUGCCGCACAUGGAACAGCACCACCUCUACCUGUUCAGGAAGUGGAACCCCAGGCGGGGCGGGGGCGGGGCCGGGACGUGGGGGUACCAGGGUCCCAUUGAGGGGCUCCCUGAGCUGAUCGCAGCCUGCGACGGGCGGGAGAGCAACUUCGCCACCAUCGUGGGGGAGGAGCUACAGCCUUCCCAGGUUACCCAGGCGUGGGCCUUCCUGAGCCACCUGCCCGUGGUGGAGGUGGGGAUGAGCGUGAAGGGCUGGUGGGAGGACAGCCAGGAGCAGAGCGAGCGGCCGCUGCCCUCCGCCGUCUCCAACAUCCGCGACGACAAGAGCUGGCUGACGGUGCACGCCGACCAGGAGUACGUCCUACAGGUCACCAUGCGCCGCAUCAACAUGGGCGGCCAGAAGAGGAGGCAGGACAGCAGGGCGGCGGCCCCGCGCUUCCCCAAGCUGAAGGACGAGGGCUGGUUCCUGGUGCUGGGGGAGGUGGAGAAGCGCGAGCUGCUGGCCGUAAAGAGGGUGGGCUACAUGCGGAGCCGCAACACCGUGUCCAUCGCGUUCUUCACCCCGGAGAAGACCGGCAGGUGUAUCUACACACUGUACCUGAUGAGUGACAGCUACCUGGGCCUGGACCAGCAGUACGACAUCCACCUGAACGUGGCGCCAGCCAGCAUCCGCGCUCAAGUGAACAGCGAGGUGGCCGACGCCGUCGGCGCCCUGGCCUUGGAAUGACCUCUCUCGGGGCAGAUGGUUCGCGCAGAGAUGACGUCACCGGGACGGGCCUGUGGUGACGAUUUCGCAUCAGUGUCGAAAGGGAAGCUUGGCCUCCAAUGGGAAUGACUUGAAAUUUGCUCUGGCAGACAUCUUGUCUGACUGAGCUCAGAUGGGCAGGGUGGUUUGGCAGGGCUGCUGGUGAAGGAAGGGGUGAGCUCUCUGCCCCAUAGGGGGAGGAAGGGGACCAGGAGGAGGACGGGGAGGACAGUGCCUGCUGGAACACCAGAACCUUACAUCUCACUGCUUUCCAACCAAUGCUAGUGACACCGCUCAGCCAAACUCAAAGCACGGACAUGCAGGCACUCCACAUCCCACAAUGCAGUGAGGGUGUGCGAGCCAACACAAGAGUCACCAAACGCACAGGAAAUAAACUUGAACUUCGCCUGAGUGAUGAGCCAAAGGGCUUAUAUUUGUGGAUGGAGGAGUGUUUGGAGUUCGGUUUUCAGCACUGAUUGAUGGAUAGGAAGGUUUGCUCUGAGGUUUGCAGGUUUUUUCUGCUGCUCCCACAUUAUAGCUGGUAAAGGUGUCCCUUUUUCCGACAGUGCUCUUCGCUUGCAUUCGUUCCAUUCUUAGAAUUGCAUACCUGAUUUCUGUCAUUUGAUUUUCACAUUCAAAAAUUCUGAACCUGCAAAGUUAAGAGGUGCCGUGUUUCAUUUUGUAAUUUACUGUUGUUUCCUGGUUUUCAGUCUGAAUAUAACUGCAUUUCAUGUACAAUUAUUAACUUUUCGUUUUUGACCAGCAAGAAAAAAAACGUAAAAUUGGUUUAAUUGAUUUGGGAUCUGUCUAGAAUUUGGAUAUGAAUUAUUGUAAACAUUGGAUUCUCAGCUCAUUGGAUUCAAGACUGCAUUAGCUGUGCUUAAAUAUUGAAUCUUGAACACACAUAGGAGUCAAGUAGUUUGCCAAAUUUCCAAAUUUGCAAACCAGAGUUACACUGAGGGAAUUUAUAGUGUUGCUGCACCGCACUGAACGUGAACAAGCUGGAUGCAUUUAUGCAACAUGGAGUCUAGGAAUGUGGUGCAGGUGUGUGGAACAUGCUUUGCUCCGUGUGCCAAACUAUGACAUCUGUUUUGAAGACUAUUCGCCGGUUCUCCAGAGUCCAUAUUGUUAUUGACCCAGAAUCCCACAGUGCAGUAGCCCUAUUCUUUUAGAAUAACUCUGCAAAUGGCUUGUGGUGUCCUUGCUCAAGCAGCUGUAAUUACAUGAUGCCAAAAUACUGAAAAUGCGAAAUCCCACUGUGCCCUCUGGUUAAAAAUUGCACGCAGACACAGACACACA